AUGCAGGCCAACAAACUCAGCAGCCACCUGCUACGCAGGGUUUGCAUGCUACAUGGCAAGACUUUUUUACAAACCAAAAGAUACGUAUCGGUGCUAGCGAACGAAUUGAGGAGUGGGCACAUAUUUCUCCACAAUGACAAAUAUUGCGAGGUGACUGAACAGAGGCAGGUCAAGCAGGGCCGACUGGCCACGACGAACAUGAUCUCCUUCAUCGACCUGAGCACGUUAAAGAGUUCCUCAGUCAAAUUCGCAUGCCAGGCGAAGGUGGAAAAAAUUGAACCGAUCAAAACAAACGUGCAGGUACAGUAUACAGACAAGCAAAAAAACAUAGUAGUCUGCUUGGAUGAAAAUUAUGAAGAUAUAGAAAUACCCAUGAACAUUUUUGGCAUAUCGGAGGAGUACCUGGAGCCCGGUUUGCAAAUCACAGUGUUCAAGCACGAAGACAAAAUUGUGAAGGUUAAUUUGCCUUCAUCGCUGCUGGCGAUACUGCGCAAGAAAUAA